AUGUUCACCAUGCAGCGUUUCGUCGUGUCGGUGUUGUUGAUCAUCGCCAUCACCUUCGCCUUCUUCACCCAGACUGCUGAAGCUGUCAAGGGCCCCAAGAUCACACACAAGGUCUACUUCGACGUCACUCAUGGCGACGAGUCUAUGGGCAGAAUUGUCAUUGGAUUGUACGGCAAGACCGUCCCCAAGACUGUUGAGAACUUCCGCGCUUUGGCUACUGGAGAGAAGGGCUACGGAUACCAGGACUCGACCUUCCACCGUGUUAUCAAGGGAUUCAUGAUCCAGGGAGGUGACUUCACAAAGGGCGACGGAACUGGCGGAAAGUCCAUCUACGGCGAGAGAUUCCCUGAUGAGAACUUCAAGUUGAAGCACUCCAAGGUUGGUCUUUUGUCCAUGGCCAACGCCGGACAGGACACCAACGGUUCCCAAUUCUUCAUCACCACCUCCACCCCAGGCCACCUCAACGGCAAGCACGUUGUUUUCGGCGAAGUCCUCGAGGGCUACGAGAUCGUCCAGGCGAUCGAGAACGUCCCCAAGGGCCCAGGAGACAAGCCCAAGUCAGCCGUCAAGAUUGCCAAGAGCGGCGAGCUCCCCGUACCAGAAGAAGGUAUCCACGUGGAACUAUAA